GCCUGUGGGUGCCCUCCUUCGUGGGCACCAUGCAGCUCUCUCUUGCCCUGUGUCUCGUGUGCCUGCUGCUGCAGGCUGCCUUCCGCGGGGGCGUGGGACAGGGGUGGCGAGCCUUCAAGAAUGAUGCCACGGAAAUCAUCCCCGAGCUGGGCUUAUACCCCGAGCCCCUGCCAGAGCUGGAGAACAACAAGACCAUGAACCGGGCGGAGAACGGGGGGAGGCCACCCCACCACCCCUUCGAGACCAAAGACGCGUCCGAGUACAGCUGCCGCGAGCUGCACUUCACCCGCUACGUGACGGACGGGCCGUGCCGCAGCGCCAAGCCGGUGACCGAGCUGGUGUGCUCGGGCCAGUGCGGGCCGGCGCGCCUGCUGCCCAACGCCAUCGGCCGCGGCAAGUGGUGGCGGCCCAGCGGGCCCGACUUCCGCUGCAUCCCCGACCGCUACCGCGCGCAGCGGGUGCAGCUGCUGUGUCCCGGCGGCGCCGCGGCCCGCGCGCGCAAGGUGCGCCUGGUGGCCUCGUGCAAGUGCAAGCGCCUCACCCGCUCCCACAACCAGUCGGAGCUCAAGGACUUCGGGCCCGACGCCGCGCGGCCGCACAGGGGCCGCAAGCCGCGGCCGCGCGCGCGGGGCGCCAAGGCCAACCGGGCCGAGCUGGACAACGCCUACUAGGACCGCGCCCGGCUCCCGGCCCGGCCCGCGCGCGCGGUUGCAGCGUCUGUGUUUUUCUUUUCAAAUGCACGCCACCACCAGCCCCCGGGGCGGGCGAGGGGUUGAGACCUUCUGAGUUAAGCCCCGCCGAUCCCAGGGGGCUGGCAUAAAACAAAAAAAACCCUAAUAACCCUCUUCCCGCCCACUGAGGGGGUCCACCAGGGCCGGGGAGGGGGCUGGGAGUCACGCGGACACGGAGCCACGCAGUCCCGUCCCCCCCUGGGGCCGCCUCCCUUUGUGGGUCCCCCGCAUCUGACCCACAGCAUCAGAGGAGGCCGCCAAGGAAGCAUUUCCAGGGAGCGCUGGGGAGUGAGAAGCACUGGGGACUGGUUAAGAAGGUUCCAGAAAAUUGCACCCUUCAGCAAGCUUGCUGUGACCUACUGGCGCAGAGAAGGCAGAGCCCGGGUGCAUAGAGAGGAUUUCUGGUCCCAGCUCUGCCACCGACUUGCUGGUACCGACUUUGGACUCUGCUCCUGUCUACACCUCAGUUUCCUCUUCGGAAAAAUGGAAGUGGGGGUGGUAGUCGGCAUCUACAAGGGGAGGAGAGAGAGGUGGAAUCACUGCCCCGCCAGGGUCGCUUUCAAAAUGAGGUUCUGCUCCGCGCUCUCCCACCUCGGACAUCCAAAGGCCAAAAAGGAGCAGGAGAAAAGAAAAGGGGGGGGGAGGUAUUUAUAGCCACCAAAAUUGGGAGGAUUGGGUGGUUUCCCCACCUGUCCUCCCUCCAUCCUCCAUCUCUCCAUUGCCAGCAUCCGGCAGUGGAGAAGGAGGCGGGGAAGCCAUCUCCCCUCCCCUUCCCAAAGAGCAGCCCCCAUCCUGCCCAUUGUCAAGUCUCUGUCCUAGACCACACAAGGGUCUGCAGGCCAGCCCGCCCCUUGCACACAUCCACCUGGAAAGUCAUGCGCGGUGGCGUGUCUGCAGGUCCCUGAUGUUUCUGGGGACCAUGGUGAAGCUGAAUGCCUGAGAAUCUGCAAAGCUGAUAUUCACUGCCUUCCAGACAUCUCUUGGAGAAUCAUUUCCAGACACCUCUUACUCUCUGUGUCAUUUUUCAUUGUCAAUUUUUAUUUUAUUUUUGAAACCAGAAGCACAUGCCUUAGCGAAGCCUACCGGCCUGGCUGUUGUGUUGUUGUGUUUUAUUUUUAUUUUUGCAAUCCUUCGAUGUGUGGGAUUUGCUCACGAGAAUGAAAGUAGUGGUUUCUAAAAAAAAAAAGGGUUAAGUUACAUAUUUAUUUUCUCACUUAAGUUAUUUAUGCAAAACGUUUUUCCUGUAGAGAAGGGCCACGUUCAUUUUGCUUUGUGAAGUACCAGUCUGUUCUGCCGAACCCAGAGGCAUUGUUAAUAAAGACCGUGAAUCACUCUGGC